ACACAUCUCAGAAAUCAUUCACUUGUACCUAUCUUAUCAAGUUUAUCUUCCUUACAAGUCAAGUAGUUUAAUUAUUUAGCCUAGCAUGGCCGGCGGUUUCGAACCCAUUGACCCUGAGCAGUGUCAACAUUAUGCCCACUUCGCCGCACAUCUCAACCGGACGGCCUUUGAUGGGAUAUACUGGUCCCUCUUUGUGUUUGUCAUAAUCAUGCUUUUCCUCGCCUCAUGGAAGUACUCAGGGACCUGCGAGGCAUUGGCGAAUUCCAGAGCUGGGACAAAGCACUACCGACACAAAAUGCAGCGAUGCCUAUUGAUCUGCACCGGUUACUUUCUGCUUUCCAUCAUUGCCCUCGUUAUGGAGGUCUACGCUCUGCUGGCCUUGCAAUUCUGUGAUGGAGAAGACCUCAUGUCGCUCUACUGGUCUACUUGGACGAUGCUGCAGGUUGGCUCGCUCAUAGCCAUCUUGGGCAUAAUCCUAGCUACCUUCAACGCCAUUCGGGAUAGAAAGAACCCACCUUGGGCACUAGCACUCGGUACUCCUGUCCUCGUCGUUGCCGGUAUCGGCCACGCCUUCCACGGCGCCAUGCGCAAGCGUGUGCAGCGCGUUCGAUCCAGGAGCUUACGCUCCCGGAGCCGGGGCAGAUCAGAGAGUAGUCUCAAUGGAAUCUCCACCAACGAUUUGCCCAUGAGCAGGGAGGAGACGAUCCGCGUAGAAGAACGUCCUAGCGGUGAUAACAACAACAACAACAACGAAUAUCGCGCCAAACUACUCGGCUACACCCCCGAAGGCGCCCCAAUCCUCCAGUUCGUCGACGACCCCGGCAACAGCAUCGAUCCCGAGCGCGGCACCAUCUUGGGGAAGAACACGAUGAACGGACAGAUCAUUGUCGCCUUCAAAAAGUCUAUGAUUAUGGUUUCGGACGGCAACAGCAGUGACUUGUCCACCCCAAACGAAAAAGCGGCGGCUUCACCAUCAUCAUUACUGGUGCCUCCUCCCGUGCCACUCCCUUCGCCAAGGCCGCCACCGGUCGUCAGGAUUGCUGCUCCGUGCCGUCCAUCAGACGAGGAAGUCGACGAGGCCGAAGUGCAUGUCUCCCCUGUUUGAGACGGGAAUGUCUUUGGAUUUGUCGGACGCCACCCACUUUCCGGAUUUUCUUUUUUUUUCCUUUUUUUUUGAUCGUUCUUUCUUAUCUCUUGGCUUUUUGCUCUUUUUGGCGCUUGUUUGUUUGGUGUAAUACUGUGAUUUUCUUUUUGCUUUAUCUUGGGGUUUCAGGCAUUUAUGAUCGACGGCGGCGGCGGCGUUGGGCAACAAGCAAGUCAGCAAGCAAGCGGGACAAGGGCAAGCAAAAUUACGACACUACGAAUUUCUCUUUGUGGCAUAGCGUUCGGUAAAAGAAAAAGCAAUUUGGGCUAUCGGGAGUUCCGUUUCGUUUUUCUACUUCCUUCUGUUCUUUUUUGGCGUUUCUUGUCGGGAAAUGCCAUACUCAGAUGUCCAUGUACUGAAAAACGGUAGAUUAGCGCCUUCUUCCCGCGCGGCUGGGCUUGCGUUAUCUAGAUACCCAUGGCGGUCCGCGAGAGCUGAGAUUGAGUGUAGGGGUGGGAGUAAGGGAAAUGAGAUUGUAGAUGCCCGAUUACAUUUAUGCAUGCCAGGCUUAUCAAUCACAAACCUCGUUGGAAC